AUGUCCGACUCAAAGGCAUCUUCGGUUAUCAGCGCCGGCGCGGCGUUGAUCGCGAUCACCGCAUUUUCCAUAGCAUCGAGGACUGCAGCGCGCUGGAUGCAUAGGACGUUUGGUUGGGAUGAUGUUUUGAUUUUCAUCAGCUGGGUAUUAUCAUUAGGGAUAUGCUCUUCCGUUAUGCUCGCAACGAAACAUGGACUUGGAAGCCAUCGAGACCAGGUCAGCGACGAGGAGUACAACAUGUAUCUCAAGUACCAAAUCGCCAGCUCGGUCACGUAUAGCUGGGGAGUGCCGGCUGCGAAAGCAUCCUUCGCGGUGCUCUACUUGAGGAUAUUUCCCGAAGGAGGGUUCAGGAUUGUCAAUAAGAUCUUGAUCGUGUUCCUUUUCUGCCAGGCUAUCGAAGAGACCUGUGUUGUCCUAUUCAAGUGCCAUCCCAUUCGAAAAUCAUGGGAUUUCCAACUAGAAGGAUCGUGCUUUGAUCUGCAUCCGCUCUGGUAUUCAACGUUCGUCUUCAACUUAAUCACCGACCUGACACUAUUCAUUGAACCUAUCCCUUCGACAUGGAGGCUUCAAUUGGCGCUUUACAAGAGGCUUGGUCUUAUUUCUAUGUUGUCCCUGGGAUUGCUUGUUACGUCCAUCUCCAUAAUACGUAUUGUUUCCGUGACGGGGAUAGGUGUAGAUGACACAUACCAACUUACGGAGCCCCUUAUUUGGUCGAUGGUGGAAAUAUGCGCAUUGAUUAUCUGCUCAUGCAUCCCAUCGCUGAGACAAGUAGCCGCCCGGAUCCCAGGUCUCGCCAGCGCGCUCGGUUUAUCAUCCAGUGGGAACUCGAAAACGUACGGACCGAAUAAAAACUCGAUACCGUUAGAAAGCCGAAGGCGAAAGGACUACAUACAAUCGCAGAAAUCGAAGACUACGACCCGACACCGAUCGAAUCCAUUCGGCAUGACGAGCCGGGUAACAGCUACGGCCACCAUGGAUGGGAUUAGCGAAAAUGGAAGCCAGGACGAGAUCUUCCCACAUAAGAGCGAUCAAACUGGCGCGAUCAUGGUUACGAGAGAAGUCCAGCACCACGUCGAGUCCCCUGCGGAAGGAGGUGAAACGCCCCCGGACGCUUUAUCACAACGACGGGACGAGCUGAUAAAUACCACAACCAAGAUGAUCUCAAACAUCGCCGACAACCUCCACUCUAUAAGUCGAAUUCUUCCUUAUAAUACGAGCAAAAGCGAAGAAGAACGCUGGAAUACCUGGUUCCCUGAAGAACUCGUGCACGGGUUCACUGCGUGA